GUGACAUUUAUUAAACUAUCAAUUAGUUGUUGAAUAAAUUACCAUUUCUUUAAUAACCUCCAUUCAUAUUGAAUAUCUUCAAACCAAUAGUGGAAAAUAGUUGUAAUGGAAAGAAAUCAGUCAUCUAACGAACAACUCGAUGAAGAUAUUGAGUCUUUAAAGAAGGAAACCAAACAAUUGUCAAAUGAGCAUUUCAAUGUGGGGGAAGCAAAAAGUCUGGAUUCCAUUGCAUAUGAUCUAGGAAAAAUUCCCAAUGCAGAUUAUGUGACUCAAUCGACUAUUGAUCGAUACAUUGGAUCCAAGCAAAGUCUAAGUGUCGAAGAAAUUCGCAUUAUAUUGAGAGAUUCCCGAGAUUCCAUAUUAAAGCAAUUCAAAAGUCAGUGUGAGCACAGUAAUGCUCCCAGUUUUAGUCAAUUAAGGACGCCAUACCAUUUGAUAUGCCGGGAACGUUAUCGCCUAACCAAGAAACUAUCUGAACAACAAAUGCAGUUGGAAAUUCAAGAAAUGAUAAAUCAUCAACCCACGACAUUUGAUGCCAUUUGCUUUGUACGAGUUAUGGCCAUAACAUCAUUAUGGCCACCAUUGCACACGCGGCCUAAUGUAGAUCAUACACACCAGCAUUACUUUCAAUUGUCAGCCAAGCAGAAGAGAAGACUCAACUACAUUAUGCAGGUGGACUGGAGCAAAACGUAAGAAGGCACGUUGUGCAAAUUCGCAGUAAAUGAAAUUUUUCUAGACACAUGCGUCACAAAAUUCUUAACAAAAAAAAAGGAAAUAUGUUCUUAUUCUGUCCUCUACUUCUACUAUUUGGUACAUUCAUAAUAAAUAUACCGUAAAAUUGUU